CUCACCAAUAGUUUCUGGAGAAACUGUUUAUGGGCGGCAGUUUAAAAUUCCCGGUUGUUGAACCGCUGUAUAUAAUAUUAACUGAAACAGUUAUAGGUCCCGCAUACUUGUUUAAUAUUGAUGGUAAAUAAAUAUACUGAAUUAACACGUAAAUGGCUUCUAAGUAAGCUGCCAUUGAGUAGGUGACGGACUAGAUAGUUAAGCUGAUUCUGUUGUAGGACGUCCGAACAGGUGCAGGUUCUCACUGAGGCAGGGAGCCAUGGAGACUGUGCAAGCCGACAUGGACUUCCGUGGGUCGGAGUUUACGGUCAGGGUCGAGGUGGAAGAGGAGCUGCUGGUGGUGGAGAUCUUAGAUUUAACGACCGCUGAGCAGUGGAGAGGGGAGUUUGACCCUACUUAUAUUGAGGACCUCACGCGUAAGACGGGCAAUUUUAAGCAGUUCUCCAUCUUUUGCAGUAUGCUGGAGUCCGCUGUCAGAAGGACUAGUGAAGCGGUGACCCUUGACCUCUUGACGUAUUCCGAUCUGGAGCUCUUGCGCAGUCGAAAGACGGGGCAACCCAGUAAGGCCCGGUCCCAGCCACAGUCCCCAGCCCUCAGUACCAAGCGCUACCUCAUACUAGUCUAUACUGUUGAGUUUGACAGGAUUCACUACCCGCUGCCUUUGCCUUACCAAGGCAAGCCAGACCCAGCCGCCCUGCAGAGGGAGAUCCGAGUUCUUAGGGCAGAACUGGCUGCCCUCGUAGCCCAAGGGGGGCGCAGCCGGCAAGACCCCGAAACCAGUCGCCUGCGUGCAGAACUGGCUCGGCUGCAGGGGGAGAAGGACGCCCUGGCCCGUGCUCUGGAUCAGCUGCAGGUAGCUGGGGUGGGCCGGACCCCCGGAGGGGGGGCUCGGGGUCUCCGCGAGGUCAUCCAGAGCCUAGAGGAGCAGCUGCUGAGGGAGAGGGCCAAGAACCAGCGAUCGGCCAGCAAGCGGAACCAAGAAAAGCGGCAGCUUCUGGAAGAGCUGGAGGAGCUCCGAGCGUCAGAGCGGGCUUUGCGGGUCAGAGUGAAGAGCCUGACCAGUGAGCUGGCUUUGAUGCAGCGCUGCAGAGCCUCACCUUUGGCGUCCUGCAGGAGCAGCUCCGGGGGGGAGGGUCCGGGGCGGCGCUCGGCAUCCCGAGAUCGCGGCCUCCCUGGGGGGCCGCUCAGGGGCCGCUCAGGGUCUCGGGGGAGGGUUGAGGACAGAAGCGGAAGGGCUGAUGCGGCGGUCCAAAGGACAGGCUCCACUGGGUCACGCCCCCAUAUCCCAAGGCCCUCCCCAUCCCCAUCAGGGUCCCAGCCCCAGCGGUUUGACCCCACAGGCUACAUUCAGGAUCGCCAGCGCAAACAGAGAGAGGCAGAACUCAAAAACCAAAGGAAGGUGAGAAGAGCAAUGCUCAGUCCAGUCACCAACACCGAGAGAGGACGGUCACGAUCCCGGAACACACAGCUCACCCGACUAGGGAGUGGUCGCCGGGGGCGGAGCUCUUCCAUAGAGAGUGGGAGGAGCAGCCAUUUUUCUGACGGUUCAUUGGUCGACAUGCCAGAAAUCGCAUCACAUCUUCCCUCCAGGACCAGAAAGAUUUCCUGUAAUUCUGCAGCGGUUACCUUGCCCCGAGGGAGAAACCUCACAAAGAAGCCCUUAUGUAGCACCCCAGCCGGCAUCAUGACAGCCAUGGACAAGGAGAGUGCCGACCUGUCAGAAAUCGAUGCCCGUCUGCAAGCCUUGCAGGAUUACAUGAGGGACCUGGACACUGGGCGCUAACUGCCUUUGUGGGGACACAUUUUACCUUCGCACUUUUACAAAAAACAUACGCCUGUCUCAGUUUUUAAGAUUUAACUGCAUAAGUGAGGUGUUUUUCUUUCCAGAAAGAGACGGGCUGAUUUGUCAGUCUGGUUGUGAUGGCUCAGUGUUAUUAAUGUCGAAAUUAUUUUCUGGAAUCUGGACAUCAUCAGCAUGACUGAGCUCUCGCCGUUGCCCGUGAUGUUACUUGCAACUUCCCCAAGACAGGGUGUGGCAAAGAAUUGAAUGCCAUCAUGUUUACUUUAUACAUGGUGUUAGACAUACUGAAAAUAGUUAAUCUGGCAUAGAUGUGGGGUGUGUGACUUUAUCAAGGAGUCACUUGACAUGAAUGAUUAUUUUUGUUACUCAUAAUUUCCAGGACAUUUUUUCUUUUUAUCCAUUUACUUGUUCCAGUCAAUGUGGACGUCGUUACUUUAUUUAAAAUGUUGUGGUACUCAUUUCACACCCCUCUAAUAUUAAUAGAGGGUUACUCAUUUCGAUAAGGAGUUUUAACGUUUUACAAUUGAAGGUUUUACAUACUGUUUGUGGAGUUUUAGGUAUAAAACUUGUAAAUAUAUGAGCAUAAUGAGAAUUUUAUCAAUUUGCACACAUCAUUGGUAACAUUGGCAAUCAGGUGUCUUGUGUCAGUCAAUAUCAGACUCUGCCGUGGGCAAGUAAAUUUCUCCUACUAAAGUUUACAGUUGGGUAUUUCUGCUUUUCUCUCUGUGUUUUUUUUUUUUUUUUUUUUUAAUCGAUGAGAGUGGCUGAUUAUUCACAGUGGAACACUUUCACUUUUAUACGUGGCAAAAAUUAUGUUAUAUUUAUAACAAAACACUUGUCAUAUUCUUGUCCAUCAACAAAAGAAACCACCACCAACAAUGGGAAUGUAAGUGCUGAUUAUGGGGUGUGGUUUGCAUUUACUGUUCCCUCAUUGGUUAUGAUAGUUUGAUCUGGGCAUGUUGGUUUGCCCAAAGAGACCGUUGAUUACUAUGAACUAAAAAACACAUGAAUAUAAACUCUGAUGAUUAAAAAAUUUAACAGAUUGAAAUCUGUAUAUAGGACAUAUAACUCUUCUGGUACUGUAAUGAAUGUGGGUUUCGAAUAAAUUAAAUAUUUUGAAUAGGU